AUGGCCAACAUUCUUGUCAACCCUCCUUUCCUUCUCAGGAAGCGAUGUUAUACUGCUGUGGCAGAAAGUUUAAGGAUGCAAAUGGAAGAAACAACAGUGAAGGCAAAAGCAGCAGCAGAUUAUAAUGGCAAUAAAGAGGAAAAGUUUUGGAUGAGAGAUCCAAAGAGUGGAAAUUGGAUUCCUGAGAAACACUUUGGCGAGGUUGAUGCUGCGGAGCUGAGGGAGAAGUUUCUGCCCAAGACACACUCAAAAUCUAACAAUCAAGUUAAUUAG